CUAUAUCACACUUCAAAAGAAUGGCAUCUCAGGCCUUCAGUGCCGACUCUUUCACCUCCCUGGCAGGAGAUUCACCCUUGCCCAUCUUCAUGCACCACACCUCUACCAGUGACUGCCUGCCAGCCACAUCGCAUGCUCAUAGCAUGGUAUCUGCAGUGUCGUCUGGGCUUUCCCUGGGUCAGCCCCCCAAGCGCUCACACAUGAAUCUAUCCACCUCCUCCCUGGGCAACGCUCUCGGCAACAGCCCCCCCAGCCUACAUUACCCAGUCACCCCCUGUCACUACAGCAACCAGCAGGCCACCUAUGGCAUUAUGGCAGCUCAGGAGAUGCUCUCUGCCAGUAUUUCUCAGACUCGUAUCCUGCAGACAUGCGGUGUCCCUCACCCUAACAUGGUGAGCGCUGCAAACCCAUUGCAAGGGUCUCUUACUCCUUGCUUGUACAAGUUCCCAGAUCCUGGUCUAAGUAGUAGUUCUUGUGCAUUAAGCCAUGGUUUCUCCUCGCUGCCCUCGGCCCUCCUGUUGACUGAUGAGGCCCCUGGGGGCCCCACUGUAGGAGAGAUGAAAACUGACACCCAGAGGAAGAGCAUGCGGGACCCAGAGGACGCCCCUGCCAUGGACUCCCCGCAGAUACGAGAGCUAGAGAUGUUCGCCAACGACUUUAAAAUACGGAGGAUCAAACUUGGUUACACCCAGACUAAUGUAGGUGAAGCUCUCGCUGCUGUGCAUGGCUCAGAAUUCAGCCAGACCACCAUCUGCCGCUUUGAAAAUCUGCAGCUGAGCUUUAAGAAUGCCUGCAAACUCAAGGCCAUUCUGGCUAAAUGGCUCGACGAAGCUGAGCUUGCUGGUGCCUUGUACAGUGAUAAAAUAGGAAUGAAUGAGCGGAAGAGGAAAAGGAGAACAACUAUCAGCCUGGGAGCUAAAGAAGCUCUGGAGCGCAGCUUUGUGGAAAAAAGUAAGCCGUCCUCCCAGGAAAUAGCCAGAAUUGCUAAAGGCCUCCAUCUGGAAAAGGAGGUGGUCAGAGUCUGGUUCUGCAACAGACGCCAAAGGGAGAAACGGGUCAAAACCAGCCUCAACCUCAGCUCCUGUCUGACUAAAAUUAGCCCAAACUGCAUAGCACAGAUGAGUAAAACACAAAGGCCAAUGACAUAAUUUAAUGAGUAUCUGUCCAUCUGUGAUCUGAUGGACGCUCCUUUCUGAGCACAGCAGGUGAAAAUGUAUUAUUUUUAAUGCGGGUUCAGAGGUUAUCUGUUGGAAAAACACAUUUUGUGAAAGUGUUCAUUUAAUUUGUAGAGACACCCCUUAUUGCAAUAUGUUCCAGUUUUCUCAAUGCAGUUUUAAUGUUGUUUUAUUUUUUAUUCUAUUUAUUUAAAUAGAAGGUUGAAAGAAUGUGUCUUAGGAAGUGUUUUAAUCUCCCAGAACCCACAAAAACCCAAUUUAAAAACAUAUAUAAAUGUCAACCCAGCCAGUCUUUUUUUUUUUUUUUAUAAAGAUAAAAGGUUUUCAUUAACUGCAUAUAUUGCGCUUGUUUGACCUGAAGCUACCAGAGCUGACAUUUAAAUGUACUGAAUCUUGGCAGCGCCUUGUUUGCUGUAUGUACACUGAAGCAUAACUGAAGGAACCAAAUAUAAUAUAAUCCAUCAGCCCCAGAGUGCAGAUGAGUACUGUGCCUUUCUAAAAACAAACAAUACUGUCCUUGACUUUUCUCUCUUUUU